AUGUCCGAGUCGGAGCCUAGGGCCAGCAUGACAGUGCUAUGGAACGAAUUUCAAGAGUGGUAUCAACUUCGUCCCAAACAAGUUUAUCCGCUACUAAGGAGCGACUACACACCCUCUAAUACCCUGCCUAACGUUGCGUUUACUCAGUCAUCCCCAGGCAGGGCUUCUUACAGUGCAGGCCCGCUCGUCUCAGGUGGUAACGCUGGCGCGUCUGCUAUGGGAGCGGAGUCGUUCGCUCUUUUGGAGGUCGGGCCCGUUUGGCACGCUCGAGAAUUGAUGGGAAUAUCCAUUUCAAAUGUAUCACAUGCGAAUUGGGUAAACCAACUACAACCUCUAUACAUCGCAGGAACCGUUCUAGCGGGUUCCCGGAUUUGUUAUACGCAGUAG